GGAAAACUUAUGCGUCCGAGAGGCAAGUCAGGAACCAACUGUAACCUAGCAGGUUUCGAGCCUUGUGCUGGCAAUGGGGGACAUGAAGACCCCAGACUUUGAUGAUUUGCUGGCAGCUUUUGAUAUCCCUGACAUUGAUGCUAAAGAAGCCAUCCAGUCAAGUCCAGAGGAGCAACGGGAUGAGGUGGGGACUGUUGGAGAUGGGAGAGGGAGUGGGUCUCCGUCAUGUUUUCCCUGCUCUCCUGCCUCACACAGUGACCGACCUGUGGUCAGUGUUAUUGUGAAGAACACAGUGCGGUCUGAGUCUGUGGAGGAGGAGGAGAAGUCUGCCAGGAAUAAAACAGACAAUCCUUCAAGUAGUGGCUUAGCUCCUCAGGUUCAGGUCAAGUUGGGUGACCUAACCUCACAGCUCAAUCCCGAACUGCCUGCUGAUGCUGCUGUGGAGCCCCAGAUUGCUAAUGGCUUUGAGGGAUCUGUCCCCAGCGAUCAGGGAAUGUGCAACACAGAGCCAUGGUCCCUGCAUUCACCGUUGAGGUCGACACUGAAUGAUAAAGAGGCUGAAAGCGAUAAAACAGCUGAGGUUGGAUCAAUCCAGCAUACGACUGAUGUCAUGAACAGUUUGAAGCCUCUCCUUUUUCCAGAGUCUCCGACUACUGCUCAUCCUAACUUCUCAACUACUCCUUCUCCGCACUCUGUCAGCCCUCACCUUUCUCCACACUCCCCUCAGAAAGAAGAAGCUUUUUUCCUUGGUAAUUCAUCAUCCUCCUCUUUACCACAAAACGGGAGUAUUAAAGCUGGAAUUAAGCAUGUUAUGCACUCAGAAGAUGAAGACUCAGAGCCAGAUUUAGGAAGUCCGCUGGUUAUCCAAGAGAGCCCAGAAUCUCUAAUGUCCUCCCCUCCCAAAUUUAAACUACGGUCUGAGCUGCUUCGGUCUCCUGAAACCACCUCUUGUGACAUUUCUCAUCCUCCUCAUCUGUCCUUUUCUCUGGUAUCUGCAAAACCUAAACCCCUUCUUGAGGAUGAGGGGCAACCUACCACCCCCCAUUCUCCCUCUGAAGCUCCUCAGCCGCAGAGCUCCGAGAGCUGCCUCCCCUCUGUCAGCACAGGCUCUGCAUCAGUCCAAGAGGAGAAAUAUCCAGAGCAUGUGAUUGAUGAGCGGGACUCACCUGAGAGCCCACCGCCCAGUGAGACAGGUUUUUUUGUCCCCAAUGGAAGCAGCAGCCCCGAUGUGGCCAAAACACCAGGUCUUGCAAUGAACCACAAGGACUUUUGUCACAAAGAGGAACUCAUGGAAAGCGAGCCUAGUAAAGAGGACAGGCCAAGUGAUACAGAGGAGCUUAGUGAAAAGACGACUGGAGAUGGGGAUAACUUAAAUGGGGAGACAAGUGGUGUUGGCACAUCAUCUGUGGUGCCGGCACAUGUGUCUGCUAGUGCUGCAGAGACAGAUUCAUCUCCAUUGCGUCCCCUCAAAGUUAAAAUCAAAAUGUCUAGAGGAAGCAUCACAACUGUGACUGGGGUGGCACCUAAAAGAAAUGCAAGAGCCACUUCCAGUGCCGUUGAUAGUUCAAAACCUUCACUACAACGUCACAACACAAAAUCCAAGAGGGAAUUGCCACAGCAAUCUCAGUUGCCUGCAGUAUCGAUGCUCCAGGAUGCUUGUGCUGCAACACCAGAAGGUGCCAGUACAGUUAAACAGAAAACUGCAGUGAACACCAAACCUAAAGUUUCCCCCACAGCUGUCAGCAUCACAAAAACCGCAGCCCUGCCCUCUGUCUCUUCCCCCAAAGUCAGCCCAGGUGGGAUCAACCUGCGCAGCCUGGGCCAGAAGACUCUCAACAGUGGGACACUUCCCGCACCUUCACCUCUGCUGCCUCAAAUUGGCAGCAGACCAGCAUCCAUAGUCAACAGCACUGGGGCAAUCAUAUCCAAGACUCAGACCAACCUGGUAGAAGCUUUCAACAAAAUCCUCAACAACAAGAACCUGCUGCCCAGUUACAAACCAGACCUGAGUGCACCUCUUCCUGUAGAGUGGGGCAUUCCUCUGCCUGCACAGGGUUACCGCUGUUUGGAGUGUGGUGAUGCUUUUGCACUGGAGCAGAGUUUGGCGCGACACUAUGAUAGACGCUCAUUGAGGAUUGAAGUGACGUGUAACCACUGUGCCAAACGCUUGGCCUUCUUCAACAAGUGUAGCCUGCUUUUGCACGCCAGGGAGCACAAGGAGAGGGGCCUGAUCAUGCAGUGUUCACACCUGGUCAUGAAACCUGUACCUGUGGAGCAGAUGAUCGGCCAGCAGGAACCCAAGGCAACUGGGUCGGUCACCCCAAACCCAUCACCCCAGUCACAUCAAGCAGUACCUAACAAGAAAGCAGAAGAAGUGCAGUACCUCAGUAAUAAAUGUCCUGAGUGUCUGGCUCAGUUUAGCAGCAAAGAAGAGGUGGCUGAACACUUUCAAGAAAUCAAACCAGCACACCCAACACCAUGUACAGACUGUUCUCCUCCCAUGCUCCUGCCCAACAGCUGCAGUGCAGCAGCUCAUCAACGCAUCCACCAAAGCCUUCCACCACAUGUGUGCCCAGAAUGUGGGGGCACAGCCAAGCAGCCACAAUUUCAAACACAUCUGGACAAGACCUGUUUGCACUUUGCCCGCCGCAUAGGAUACAGAUGUUCCAGUUGCCUGGUAGUGUUUGGAGGGCUGAAUUCUGUGAAGUCUCAUAUUCAGCAGGCUCAUUGUGAUAUGUUCCACAAAUGCCCCAGCUGCCCCAUGGCUUUCAAAUCUGCCCCCAGCAUACAGAACCAUGUGGCUGCCCAACAUCCAACAGUCACUAUAGGACAAACAAUGCUGAUCUAUAAAUGUGUCAUGUGUGACACUGUUUUUACCCACAAGCCCCUGUUGAAUGUCCACUUUGACACUCAUUUAACCAAUCAAAAGGUGCAUGUCUUUAAAUGCCCUGAGUGCACCAAGCUGUUUUCUCAGAGGAAUUCCCUACUGGAGCAUUUCAAGGCCCACAAGACUUCCAUGUUAAAACAAGAGUUGCCUUCACCUCCAGCUGUUUCCUCUCGUCCACGGCCUUCAGUGAAGUUGGAGAACUCAGAUGGGGACGAGUGGAUGGAUAAAGACAAAGAAGAGAAAGUGAAGACAGAGAGGACAAAGACCCCCUCAGGGUGGAAGUGCGCGCCUUGCCACGUACGCUACACAGACCGCGAAGACUACAUUACCCAUAUGGCUGAACAGCAUAGCAAGAUUCUGAAGAAGUUUCCUUGUAACAAAUGUGAGAGCUCCUUCACCACGACUUCCAGUCUGCGACGUCACAUCAGAGACAAACACAAAGUCAUGAACCGUAGCUUCCGCUGCCAGUUUUGUGCUGAGGGUAAGAAAACGUUCAGCAGCAGAGCGAUGUUGGAGAGGCAUGUUCAGCUGAGACACAACAUGGAAACUGUGAGCAAGGACACACUGAUGGGAGGCGGAGAUGAGGCUGAUUGUUCCUCAGAACAGGACAGUGGUUUGGGGGCUCGUCAGAGACGCAAAGGAACUGUGAAGAUGGAGCACGAUGAUGAGUCCACAGAUGGGAUGAGUCCUGUGAAGAAGUUGCGGUCGUCUUCCUCUGUACCUGCUCCAUACUUGCUUCCUGACUCUGGGUUUCGCUGUGCCCCCUGCGGCUUCACCACAGACGACCAGACAUCAUUCCUGGAGCACAUCAGCCAGCAUAGACGAGGAGGGACAGAGGGUGGUGGUCUGCAGUGUCUACAGUGCGGCGCCUGCUUCACGUCCACCUCCUCCCUAUCUCGCCAUCGCUUCAUCACCCACAAAGUGAGAGAUGCAUUCACUGACAACCAGCAAGCCCUCAGCAUGCACCCAGCACCGUCCCCUGGUAAUAGAAGGAAUCAUGAUGAUAAGAGUUCUCUGGAUUGUUCUGCACCAGCAUCACCCUCCGUUCAACCCUCCAUAGCUCAGGGGAAGGAAGAGGAGGGCACACUGGCCUGUAAGGUAUGCGGUAAACAUUUUGAAAAGGCAACAGAUCUGAAUACACACUUCAGAACUCACGGUAUGGCUUUUAUCAGCGCAAGAAACGCAGGAAAAACUACCUAAGAUGGCAGACACAAGGAGAAGAUCAAUGUCGGUAAGUGAUAUAAUUGCAAGUGCCUUUUUUAAGUGUUGGUUAGUACAUCUAUGCACUAAUGUAACCAAAGAUUGCUAGAACAGUUUUUAUGUGAAUAGAUUGUAAAACAAUCAGAUGUGAUUCUCACAAGGGGAGAGCGGCCUUAACCUUCUGACGUUCAGGAUCUAAUGCUGCAUUUCUGUGUUCGGUAAUAAUACUAAUGAGAUCAGAGCUACUUCCUGGUCAGUGGACAGUAAGUCUGACUGGUUCACUGCUGUGACCACAUUCACAUGAUUAUGUGCCAGUAGAGAACUGUGAAUGUUUUAACCAAAUCCUACUGUGAUUGUGACAGCUGUUUCAGUGAAUGUUGAUAGACAGCGAUGGAAUGUGUCUUGUUUUUUAUUUUUUAAAUACUUUCAUCCUACUGAGGAGAUUGUUGAAUGCCAACCCUGGUGUUUUUCUGUAAAGUUAUGUUUUUUAUGUUGUUUUGUCUGUUUAUUUUUUUGUUUGUUUUUUUACAUAUUUUUGGCUGGACCGCAACAGCAGGGUGUUUACAGCCUGCAAUGUUGCCAACUUAGUGUACUUAGUGCAGGUGACAGAGAGUGGGUGAGAAGCAAACCGAUAUAAAAGGCUGAAAAGGACUAAAACUCGGCAGAAUGUAAAUAGUCUAUGACACGGUCCAGCCGCAUACUGGGUUUUGACAUGAUCUUGUUAGAGAAUCAUUGUGUUUGUUUAGAAUAUGUUAGCUCACCUACUAUCAAGUGUGUAUACUUUUAACUCAUUGCCAGCCAUGUUCUAGAGCAUACAACAACAAUAUAAAUUGCGUGCCAACUUUAAAGGCAGCCACCGGCUUCCAUACAUUUUAGUGUGUUUAUGAGAUAUGUAAGAUAGGUAAUCAAUUACCUCUAUAUACUAACACAAAGACGGUAUUUUGUACUAUAAAGCCUGUAACUUUUGAAGAUACCAACUUAAUGAGUCCCACUCAGACCUCUGAAACUUUUUAUUAGCUUCAGCUGGACUUAAGAAUAUAUUUUUGCACAGAACAAGGUCUGUAGAUUUUUUCCCUAUUAACUCUCAUUGAAAUCAUGUUAAAAAGGGAUCUCUUCACUGCCUGUACAGACAGGAGGAAUAAUUACAGUGACCAGUAACUCUUGCGAUGCACAUUAAAUGUAAAGUAUUUCUGUAUUGUUUUUGAGACACUUGAAAAACUGUUGCUAUUAAAUAUUUACUGUUAUUUUCUCAAUAAGUUAAAAGUCCCUGCACGUUGUUUAUCCAUAUCAUACUGAAAUUAAUUUGGACCAAUAACUUUCUGGAAGACAAGAAUUGAAUGUAAAAGUUUUCACUAUAAUUUGGAAAAUGGUCAGCAACAAUCUCAUGUGUACACACUUUGUAGUUAUUGGUACAACUUUCAAAGCCAUUGAAAUUAACAUUUAAUACCUUUUUAAAUGGAAUGUACUGUAUUUACAUCAGAUUAACUGAUUUAUUCCUUCUCUGUGAGCAGCAAGAGAUGGAAUCCUGUAUUAUGGCUUCUUGGUAUGCAGCAUAUGUUUGUCUAAAUCUUGCUUCAUGAAAUUACUGUAAACAAAAGAUCAGUGUGUAUGUGAUUAUGUCUGUUCCUUAUGCUUUCCUAAAAACAUGAGGAGAUGUUGAACUUUGUAUUUGAUGAGGAUUUCUUAAGUCUUCGGCACUGCUAAAAAAGAAAAAAAUGACUUAAGCUGUGGUAAAGGAGCUGAAUGUAAUCAGAUGUUCCAGCUUUGCUCAGCACAGAUCAGGUUGCGUUAUGGAUGAACAGGUGUCAACAAAACCGUUGCAGGACACAAAUGGCCUGAGAGGAGAAACAAGUGUUGUAGAGAUACUGUAUUAAGUUGUGGGUGCUUAAAAGAUUUUGAGUGUUGUGUUUUGAUUUAAUAUUUUUGUUAAGUGGCACCUUUUAGCUGUUUAUGUCAUGUCUUACAAGCUGCUGGUUCACUGAGAUGUCUCAUACCACAGAAUCCAUAGACUUAGCUAAUAUCCAUGCAUCAAUGUCAUUGAGUUUAAAAAAAGCAAAGAACUAUUCCUUUAAUGUGCUGUUGUCACCAGUGACCUGUGUGCUUUUGUGUUUACUUUCUCAGGAGAUUAUCCCAUGCUUUAACACACAUUGUCCUAUUUAACUUUUCAGUUUUUGCAUUGACAAGACAAUUUUUAACCAAAUGUUUAAAAAAAAAAAAAGAUGAAUUAAAAAUGGACACGUCCUCCA